AUGAGUCGCGCCCGCGUAUACUGCGAUGUAAAUGAAACGCGCCCGCGCGAAUAUUGGGACUAUGAGACGCUGAAUGUGGCAUGGGGGGAUCAAGACAACUACGAAGUGAUUCGUAAAAUCGGUCGUGGCAAGUACAGCGAGGUUUUCGAAGGCUACAACGUGGCCAACAAUUCGCGUUGUGUUAUUAAAAUUCUCAAGCCCGUAAAAAAGAAGAAAAUAAAGCGUGAGAUUAAGAUCCUGCAAAACUUGUCCGGUGGCGUCAACAUUGUCCAGCUGCUAGAUGUUGUGCGUGACCCGCAAUCCAAGACACCUAGUCUUGUGACCGAGUAUGUAAAUAACACGGACUUCAAGACGCUUUACCCAACUCUAAGUGACUUCGACAUUCGCUACUAUCUGUUUGAGCUGCUUAAGGCUCUGGACUAUUGCCACUCAAAUGGCAUCAUGCAUCGUGACGUCAAGCCGCACAACGUCAUGAUCGACCAUGAGAAGCGCCAACUUCGUCUGAUUGAUUGGGGUCUUGCAGAGUUCUACCAUCCGGGCCGCGAGUACAAUGAGUACGACUACUCGCUCGACAUGUGGAGUUUAGGUUGUAUGUUUGCGGCCAUAAUAUUUCGCAAGGAACCUUUCUUUCACGGUCAUGAUAACUGCGACCAGUUGGUAAAAAUUGCCAAGAUAAAAGGCACAGACGAGUUGUUCGACUAUCUGACGACUUACGAUCUGGAGUUGGACCCGCAGUACGAUGGCAUUUUAGGCUCACACACAAAGAAACCAUGGGAGAAGUUUGUCACACAAGAUAACAAACAUUUGGUUUCGCCUGAGGCCAUUGAUUUCUUAGAUGGUCUACUGCGUUAUGACCACCAAGAACGGCUUACUGCAAAGGAGGCUAUGCAGCACGCAUACUUCCAGCCUGUGCGCGAUGCAGCCGAGCAGAAGCUCCGUGGUGGCGCGCAUCACACCGAUGAGAUCACCAGCGUUUCCGACUCAAGUGCAUAA